AGUUUUAGAUGACGACAACCAAAAACAAGAUUGUUGUUUACCUGCUUACUUCCACACACGUGAAAAAUGGAAAGUUCUGAAAAACCUAAACUUGUCAGCGACAAAGACAAAAUUGAAGCAGCAGAAAGAUUUAAAAAGGAAGGCAAUGAACAAUAUAAAGCAAAAAAUUAUAAAGUUGCCAUUGGCAAAUAUCACAGAGCAAUAAUUCAACUGAAAGCAGUGGGUCAAAAUAGGAAUAUAGGAAACCUAAUGGGUCUGUCGGCAGAUAGUACAGAUAUUCCAAUAGAAGUUAAAGAUAGAACAAAUACAUUAAAAGCAGAUUGUUAUAAUAAUCUAGCAGCUUGCAUGUUACAACAAGAAGAACCAAACUAUGAGAAGAUAGUAGAGCAUUGUAACAAUGUAUUAGAGGCAUCCAAGGGGAAUGUGAAAGCUUUGUAUAGGAAAGGUGUGGCUUGUUAUCAUUUGAAGAAUUAUGAAGAAGCUUUAGAAUAUUUACAGCAAUCAAAACAAAAUGAUACAUUAACAAGAAAAUAUCUGACGUUAUGUAAAGAAGGAAUAGCUAAACAAGAUCAAGAACUAAGGACUGCUUAUAAAAAAAUGUUUACACAACCAACUUGACAAGAAAAUGGAGGAUAGAUCUCAUUACAGCAAUUUAUUAUUUAUUUCAUAAAUUACUUUUUUACAUUUA